CCAGCGAGCCAGCCGGUCUUUACGGGCAGGUGAGAAACACAUCCGUUCAUCCUUACGUGGACACCUGGCGAAAGUCACGGGGCGGAAAUCCUGUUCUUCAGCAUCCAGUUCAAGUCCAGCAUCGAAUCUGUCUGGCGCUUCAAAUACACGCGUGAGUUGUGAUGUAGUUACUUGCUGAGCAAGAGCAUCAAACUGUUUUAUCACAGAAAUGCAAGAAAUAUCGUUAGUCCCAUGAACUUGUCUUACAAACCAAAAUAUUUUCAAGAUAUUUUCCUUCCAGAGCUGCCCAUUGCAGAGACCGUUAACCAGGAACAGCCCACCAAGUGUAGCUACAUCAUCACUGACCUUUCACCGGGGUCAUCAUUUUCCUUCCGGGUGUCAGCUGUCAACCGCUAUGGAGUAGGUGUGCCCAGCCAGCCCUCAGCCUACUUCAAGAUUCCAGACGCAGCCCCCAGGAAAGCCCCAGAUACGAUCUCCAACAUGUUCAGUAGCAUGGGGACGCUCGCCUUCACGUGGACGGAGCUGAAGCCAGAGGAUCUGACAGGCGAUGGUGUGGGCUACAAAGUUUACUGGCGCAAGAAAAGCGACAGCAUCAGCGAUGACAGAUGGCAGUCGGACACUGUCACUGGACGAACGAACAGUUAUGUGGCGCUCGUGGGGGAGGAGAACUUCUACCUGGAGUACGAAGUCAAGGUUGGAGCCUUCAACUCUCUGGGCAACGGUCCCAACACAACCGUUUACAUCAUCAUGUCGGCUGAGGCUCUGCCAGCAGCAGCCCCUCGCAACGUGUAUGGUUACGGGUACAAUGCCACGGCAGUGACGGUCUUCUGGAACCGCCUGGACAAUACUCGUCAGUUUGUGAGGGGCAAGUUGAGGGGCUUUCGGAUAAAUUAUUGGUUGGCUAAAGAUGCCAGUGUCCAACGCUUCAGCAAAGUUUGGUGUGAGAGCUGCACGACUGCACUGGUGGUCGGUCUCUUGCCAAACGAGGGUUACUGGGUCAACGUGCAGGCAUUCAACGCCGCGGGCUUGGGACCCAAGGGAGAAAACUACUACAUGAUUACCCUACUAAAUGCUCCCUUGAGGUAUCCUGAAUAUGUCAUGACCACGUCUCAUAGCAACAACAGCGUGCAAGUACAGUGGAGAGGUGUCUACGUUGGCAUUAGCGGAAGAACCGCUGGUUGGCUACAAGCUGCGAUGGUGGCCAGCAACAGAAAACGUUCUCACUGCGCAUGACACUGUGGUGCUCGGUCAUCAAACUUCCGGGGUCAUUGUCGGCAUCAAGAGGGGCAUUGUUACGCUCUUCGCGUUCUUGGCUUCAGCCUUGCCGGGGACGGCAACAAGUCGCCCACAGUCUACUUCACAUUAGGUAAGCCGCUUGCCUCCUUGGCCCGGGUUACUCACUUAGCUUGAUAACAGUUUGAUUGCAGCUUCCAUUUUGGUUAUGAAUCCUGUGCAUACACCACAAUCCAAAAAAAAAAAAAUAAAAAAAUAAAUAAAAGAGAAACGAGAAAAAAAUCAUCUGCAAUAAAAAUCAACGUGAGUACACGUGUAUCUCGCCUAACAUAUAUAUAUAUGUUUUUCUGCUAACCAUUGGCAAUAUCUUUUGCAAGGAAGGUACACGUUA